AUGGCCAACAUUUGGCCUCGUCUAGCCUAUGCAUUGGCAUUGUGCUUGUUGAUCAACAAUGUAGCUGCCCAUUAUGAUGAGCCUUAUAAUACUCCACCACCUUACUAUCGUAAGAAACCAGAAACACCAUUGCCUCAUUAUACUUAUAAGUCCCCUCCUCUACCAUCACCACCACCACCACCAUACACCUAUAACUCUCCACCACCACCUUCUUAUGUCUACAAGUCCCCACCUCCACCACCGUAUGCCUAUAAGUCCCCACCGCCACCUUCUCCUUCCCCUCCACCUCCCUACGUGUACAAGUCCCCACCUCCACCAUCUCCAUCUCCACCACCUCCAUAUGUUUAUAAGUCCCCACCACCACCACCACCAUCACCUUCACCACCUCCUCCUUAUGCCUACAAGUCACCACCUCCACCAUCUCCUUCACCUCUUCCGCCUUAUGUCUACAAGUCUCCACCUUCACCAUCUCCCUCUCCACCUCCUCCUUAUAUUUACAGGUCUACACCACCACCAUCACCUUUACCACCUCCACCCUAUGUCUACAAGUCCCCACCACCACCAUCACCUUCACCACCUCCACCCUAUGUCUACAAGUCUCCACCUCCGCCAUCUCCCUCUCCUCCUCCACCCUAUGUAUACAAGUCUCCACCUCCGCCAUCUCCCUCUCCUCCACCACCCUAUGUCUACAAGUCUCCACCUCCGCCAUCUCCCUCACCUCCACCUUAUGUCUACAAGUCACCACCUCCACCAUCUCCCUCACCUCCUCCACCCUAUGUUUACAAGUCUCCACCUCCGCCAUCUCCCUCACCUCCCCCACCCUAUGUCUACAAGUCCCCAUCUCUGCCAUCUCCCUCUCCUCCUCCACCCUAUGUCUACAAGUCUCCACCUCCGCCAUCUCCUUCACCUCCUCCACCUUAUAUCUACAAGUCCCCACCUCCAUCAUCUCCCUCACCACCUCCACCCUAUGUUAACAAGUCCCCACCUCCACCAUCUCAUUCACCUCCCCCUCCUUAUGUUUACAAGUCUCCACCACCACCAUCUUCCUCACCACCUCCACCAUCUCCUUCACCUCCUCCUCCUUAUGUUUAUAAGUCUCCACCUCCACCAUCUCCCUCACCACCUCCACCCUAUGUCUACAAGUCCCCACCUCCACCAUCUCCUUCACCUCCUCCUCCUUAUGUUUACAAGUCUCCACCUCCACCAUCUCCGUCACCUCCUCCACCUUAUGUUUACAAGUCUCCACCUCCACCAUCUCUUUCACCACCUCCACCAUAUGUCUACAAGUCCCCACCUCCACCAUCUCCUUCACCUUCUCCUCCUUAUGUUUACAAGUCUCCACCUCCACCAUCUCCCUCACCACCUCCACCCUAUGUCUACAAGUCCCCACCUCCACCAUCUCUUUCACCUCCUCCUCCUUAUGUUUACAAGUCUCCACCUCCACCAUCUCUGUCACCUCCUCCACCUUAUGUUUACAAGUCUCCACCUCCACUAUCUCCCUCACCACCUCCUCCUUACAUUUAUAAGUCACCACCUCCACCAUCUCCUUCACCUCCUCCACCAUAUGUGUACAAGUCCCCACCUCCACCUCCACCUCCACCUUCUCCUUCUCUUCCUCCACCUUAUGUCUACAAGCCUCCACCUCCAUAUUACUAA